AUGUCAGGAGGUUCAGGGGUAAUGCCAUAUUUUUCGGCGAUAGAGGUGGGCGAUUUGCGAACGUGGUUGAGGGUGUCAGAGUUCUUGAUUGAGUUGACGAAUUUGAUCCUGAAGAUCAGUUGUAGUAUGACUGGACUGGACAGCGAAGUUGAGAAGAUCUUCCGUAUUGGCGAGUUUGACUUGGCAUGUAUCGAGACGGGAUUGAAGGAUCAAGUUCACAUGGUUGACGGUAGUGCGAGCGACGACAAGGUGUGCAAGAAUUUGGGCGGUACGACGGGAAUGUCACGUGCCGUGAGAUUUGAAGUCAGAAAGCAGGCCGUGAAUGCUAAGGAGGUGUGUGUUGGCCUCUUGGAGUGA